UUUAAAACAAACAACUCUUUUGUUCUCUCUCUCUUUCUUCUCUGUCUUGGUCUCCUCUCUCUCUCUCUCUGAAUAAUGAUUUGAUGUGCUUAGCAUUUUUCUUGAGGCUUUGCUUCUACCUGGAGUCAUUUUCUUCCUCUGGGUUUGUGGCUUGACUAUGUUUGCCAACAUCCUAGCUCUUUAGGAUAAGAUUCUUUUUGGUUUGCUCCUUUUUUAUAGUCGGUUUCCUGACUUUGAACUUGAUGUUAGAGCCUGGCCCUGCACAUUUCUGGGGGAAUUCUGAGCUAGCCUUUUGUCCUCUUGGACAGUUUUUUUGAAGUAUGGAGUGUCAUGUUAUUCCAGGCUGGCACCUGCAAGCUUUCAGAGCUCUAGUGGGAGAUCCAGAGCAAAGUCUGGUCACUGCCUUCCUAGUUUACUCUGCAAGCUCUGAUGGCUUGGUCUGAACAAAACUACUGUGGGCUGGUCCCUUGUAGGAGGGGCCAGUAGGCUGUUGCUGGAUUCCACCAUUAUCAGCCCCCUGGACAGCUCUGCAGGUUCAGGGUGACAGAGAUACAGCUCUCCUCCGGUCUGGAACCCCUGCCCUGCUUGUUCCUUUGUUGGCUUCUGACUGGGCUGGAGGCUGGACUGGAGGCCCUGCUCUACUCCUGGGGUAGUACACAGCUUAAGGCCCUGGACCACUCCUCACUCUGGAAUAACGCUGCCAAGCACUGGUCCUCUCCUGGUCUACCCUGAAUCCAUGACUUGGAGCUGUGUAGUGAGAGCCAGAGCUGCCAGGUGGCCCAAGUUCAGAGCCUGAAAGGCCUCUUCCUGCCCUGGUGCAUGGCACCGGACCACUCCAUGGGAUGUCCCCCUAGCCAGACAGCAUUGCUAUUGUCUGCAGACCCCUCGGGCGGUCUGCCUGUACCAGCCUGAGCUGGAAAAUUGAUCACUGUGAUUUUUUUUCCCUUAGAUUUCCAGAUCAGCACUUGGUCUGGUCACUAGACUAUAGUGCAUUGUUCAGAUGACUGCAACAGGUUGUGCCAGAAAACCUAAGCCAACUCCUUCUGGCUGCCUUUCUGACAUUGACUCCACCCCGGCCCAGGGGCAGAGGGGAAAGUUUAAGGUAGAAAGUGAAAAACAGAGGAAGGGGCAGCAUUCCCUUUUCCAGCCCCUGCCUUUGGAAGGUGAGUGUGUGUCUGUUCUUCCCAAACCUUACCAUUCCUCUCCCAGCCAAAAGACCUACUCAGUCAACUUGGGUGGCUCCCCGUCACCUCUAGGAUCAAAUACAAAUUGCUUUGUUUAGCGUUCAAGGCCCUUCACAAACCAGCCCCCUUCUACCUCUCCAGUCUUCUCACACCGUAUAGCCCCUUAUGUACUUUUUGGUCCAAAGACACUGGCUCCUGGCUGUUUCAUGCAGGAGGCAUUCCAUCUUUUGGCUCUGGGCGUUUUCUCUGGUUGUCCCGUGCCUGCAAUAUUUUCCUUUCUCAUCUAUUCUCGGCUUGCUUCAAGCCCCAGAUAAUGUCCUACCAUGCACAGGAAACCUUUCCCACUCUCUCUAAGGCUAGUGCCUUCUGUCUGGGGGUUCUCUCCCCUUGGUUCUGUCUGUAUCUUUGUCCAGAGCUGUUGGGACGUUGUCCGGCAUUAGACUGGAGCUCCUUGGGAGCAGGGGCUGGCUUUUGCCCGUCUUUGUAAUGUUGAGCACGUCUUCGAGUUCAUCCCCCUGGCUCCCGGCUCUACACUCGAAGGAUACUUUGGCUGCUUCCCAUGCCCCUUCACUGGUCUACCGGGACUACUGCAUCAUUUGACCCAGAGACCAGUUUAAAUUCGGUUUUGGGGGAACUUGUUCAGAACAAAUCAAGGCCAUGAGGCUGGUUCUUUCACAAAUUUCGAGCCCAUGUGGCUGUGUGUGGGUGUGAGAUGAGGAAGUGAUUCUCUCCUCCCGACAUUCAGAGAAGCCCCUUCUCCAUCUCUCUAAGUCUCCAUAGCAUCAGCUGUUGGUGCCUCAUUGUCCCCUCGUCCCUAUGUUCCUAAUUGAGAACGCACAAACGCCACAGAUCUGGGAGGACAGUCAUCAUUUAAGAUCGCGAACAGGCCGGCUUUAAAAGGAAAUAAAAACCCAUCCUCCUUGAGGGAAGUAACUGGCUUUUGCCUCUUUUUGUAUCCCCAGCACUUAGCACAGUGCCUGGCCCCUGGCAGGGGCCCAACGAAGGUUUAUCGGUUGAUUAUCCUGAUUGCAAUCCAGAGUGAGAUCAUUUACAGAACGCAGACAAAGGCUCCCCGAGAACGCGUGCUUUGGCAGGGAGGGGGUGAGGCUCUUUCAGUCUUGGCCAAAGAUCGCAGGGAAACAUCGCAGAGUCAGCAUCUGGUGUCUGGAGGUGGGGCUGAGAAGGACGCAGCUGCUGCCUGUGGGACUCAGCUUCGCCCAAAGCCAAAGCGGGCUACACAGAAACCUUUCCUUCCCUUAGCGUCCAAGUGAUGGAGAGGAAGCCCGGGGUGGCAAUGGCCAGCUGGGCUUCCGGAUGGUCCCUGCUCCACCCGGUCCCUCCCCUAGGAGCCCAGCGCCCCGCCUGCUGGGACGCCCAAGUAGAAGGGCGGCCACUGGCCCCCAGCCCAGGUCAGAAGAUCUCGCUCCACGUCGGGUGAGGAAUCCUCCUGGGUUCCCUGAGCGCCUAGACGAGGUGGCCAAGUUGGAGAGGCACCUGAUGCUUCUGCGACAGGAGUAUGUGAAGCUGCAGAAGAGGCUGGCCGAGACCGAGAAGAAGUGUCGCCUCCUGGCCGCACAGGCCCACCAGGAGGGUGGCGAUGACUGCUUCAUCACGCGUUUGCUGAGAAUCGUGGCCGAUCUCUAUGAGCAGGAGCAGUACAGUGACCUGAAAAUCAAGGUUGGCAAUCAGCUCAUCAACGCUCAUAAGUUUGUGUUGGCUGCACGCAGCGAGAAUUGGAGUCUGACCAGCCUGGCCUCCACUGAAGAACUGGACCUUUCAGACGCUAACCCCGAGGUGACAAUGGCCUUACUUCGCUGGGUCUACACCGAUGACUUGGAGCUCAAGGAAGAUGAUAUCUUCUUGACAGAGCUGAUGAGGCUGGCGAACCGUUUCCAGCUGCAGCUGCUGCGAGAAAGGUGUGAGAAAGGCGUGAUGUCCCUAGUAAAUGUGAGGAAUUGUAUCCGUUUCUACCAAACUGCCGAAGAAUUGAAUGCCACCGCUUUGAUGAACUAUUGUGCAGAAAUCAUCGCCAGCCACUGGGAUGACCUGAGCAAGGACGACUUCAGUAGCAUGAGCGCCCAGCUGCUGUACCAGAUGAUCCGGUCCAAAACGCAGCACCCCCUGCACAAAGCCAUCCAGCUGGAGCGCGAGGACGUGGUUUUCCUGUACCUCAUUGAGAUGGAUGCCCAGCUGCCCCUGAAGCUGAAUGAGCUGGAUCCCAAUGGAGAUCUCGCUUUAGAUCUCGCCCUCUCUCGAAGACUGGAGAGCAUCGCCGCCACGCUGGUGAGCCACAGAGCCGACGUGGACAUGGCAGACAAGAGUGGCUGGAGCCUGCUGCACAAAGCAAUCCAAAGAGGAGACAGCUUUGCGGCCACCUUCCUCAUUAAGAACGGCGCCCUGGUGAACGCAGCCACUGUGGGGGCCCAGGAAACGCCGCUGCACCUGGUGGCCUCGUCCAGCUGCAGGAAGGGCCUGGCCGACGUCACAUCGGAGAUGGCGCACAUCACCGAGUCCCUGCUACAGGCCGGGGCGAACCCCAAUAUGCAGGAUGGCAAAGGCAGGACUCCAUUGCAUUUGUCCAUCAUUGCCAGGAAUGACGUUGUAUUCAGUCAGCUACUGCAGUGUAAACAGUUAGAUUUGGAGCUGAAGGACCAUGAGGGCAGCACAGCCCUGUGGCUGGCUGCCCAGUACAUCACGGUAUCUUCAGACCCAGCGGUGAACCCCUUUGAUGACGCGCCUGUUGUCAACGGGACCUCCUUUGAUGAAAACAGCUACGCGGCCAGGCUGAUUCAGCGAGGCAGCAACACGGACGCACCCGACACAGUGACGGGAAGCUGCUUACUCCAGAGGGCAGCUGGGUCAGGCAACGAGGCUGCAGCCCUCUUCUUGGCAGCCAACGGAGCCAAGGUCAAUCACAGGAACCGGUGGGGAGAAACACCGCUACACACGGCCUGCCGGCAUGGCCUGUCCACCCUGACGGCUGAGCUCCUGCAACAGGGCGCUAACCCAAACCUUCAGACCGAAGAGGCCCUGCCCACGGCCUCAGGCCUGGGUGAGGGUGUCUACCUGCAGACCCCGCUGCACAUGGCCAUAGCUUACAACCACCCUGAUGUUGUGUCUGUCAUCCUGGAGCAGAAAGCUAAUGCCCUUCAUGCCCUCAAUUCCCUGCAAAUCAUCCCGGACUUCAGUCUCAAGGAUUCCAGAGACCAGACUGUCCUGGGGCUCGCACUGUGGACAGGGAUGCACACGAUAGCAGCUCAGCUCCUGGGGUCAGGAGCCUCCAUUAACGACACCAUGCCCGACGGCCAGACGCUGCUGCACAUGGCCAUCUGUCGGCAGGACGACAAGAGUGCCCUCUUCCUCCUGGAGCACCAGGCGGACAUCAACAUCCGGACCCAGGAUGGCGAAACAGCCCUUCAGCUGGCCAUCAGAAACCAGCUUCCCCUGGUGGUAGACGCCAUAUGUACCCGCGGGGCUGACAUGUCAGUGCUGGACGACCAGGGAAAUCCCCCACUGUGGCUCGCCCUAGCAAGCAGCCUGGAAGACAUCGCCUCUACUCUGGUGAGGCAUGGCUGUGAUGCCACGUGCUGGGGCCCAGGCCCGGGCGGAUGUCUUCAGACGCUCCUGCACAGAGCCAUUGAUGAGAACAAUGAGUCUGUGUCCUGCUUCCUCAUCCGCAGUGGCUGUGAUGUGAACAGUCCAAGACAGCCAGGGGCUAACGGAGAAGGAGAUGAAGAGGCCAGAGAUGGACAGACCCCCUUGCACCUGGCAGCCUCCUGGGGCCUGGAGGAGACAGUCCAGUGCCUCUUGGAAUUUGGGGCCAAUGUCAAUGUGCAGGAUGCCGAGGGCCGGGCACCGAUUCAUGUCGCCAUUAGCAACCAGCAGAGUGUCAUCAUCCGGUUGUUGAUUUCCCACCCUGACAUCCGCCUGAAUGUUCGGGACCGCCAAGGCCUGACCCCGUUCGCUUGUGCAAUGACUUACAAAAACAACAAAGCAGCCGAGGCCAUCCUAAAGCGAGAGCCUGGAGCCGCCGAGCAGGUAGAUAACAAGGGCCGGAACUUCCUCCACGUGGCGGUCCAGAACUCGGACAUUGAAAGUGUGCUGUUCCUCAUCAGCGUCCAAGCAAAUGUGAAUUCCCGAGUCCAGGAUGCCUCGAAGCUGACGCCCCUGCACUUGGCAGUCCAGGCAGGGUCUGAGAUCAUCGUCCGCAAUCUGCUUCUUGCAGGUGCCAAGGUGAAUGAAUUAACCAAGCACCGCCAGACUGCCCUCCACCUGGCUGCCCAGCAGGACCUGCCCACCAUCUGCUCUGUGCUCCUGGAGAACGGCGUCGACUUCUCUGCCGUGGAUGAGAACGGGAAUAACGCUCUCCAUCUUGCGGUCAUGCAUGGUCGACUGAGUACCAUCCGGGCACUCCUGACUGAGUGCAGUGUGGAUGCAGAGGCCUUUAAUCUGAGGGGCCAGUCACCAAUACACAUUCUGGGCCACUAUGGCAAGGAGAAUGCGGCCGCCAUCUUUGAACUGUUCCUGGAGUGCAUGCCCGAGUACCCUCUGGACAAACCUGAUGCCGAAGGGAAUACAGUGCUCCUCUUGGCCUACAUGAAGGGCAAUGCCAACUUGUGCCGUGCGAUCGUGCGUGCUGGGGCUCGCCUGGGCACUCACAACAACCAGGGAAUCAACAUCUUCAACUACCAGGUGGCCACGAAGCAGCUCUUGUUCAGGCUCCUCGACAUGCUCUCCAAGGAACCUCCCUGGUGUGAUGGCUCCAACUGUUAUGAGUGCACGGCCAAGUUUGGGGUCACAACGCGGAAGCAUCACUGCCGGCACUGCGGACGCCUCCUUUGCCACAAAUGCUCCACCAAGGAGAUCCCCAUCAUCAAGUUUGAUCUGAACAAGCCCGUGAGAGUCUGCAACAUUUGCUUCGACGUUCUGACCCUGGGGGGAGUCUCUUAGGGAGCCGGGGGCUGCCCUGGCUUCGUUCUCCUCGGCCCCAGCAGCCGCCCAGCUUGCCAGCCCUGUAGCCAGGGAGAGGGAAGGUGGCGGCGACAGCCUUUGUCUCCCUUCUGCAACAGACUGAAACCAAUUAAGGACCCCCUAGUGAUUUACUCCAUUACCAAUUAUUUAUAUGAUUGGACCGGACCGCUAAAAAACGAGGUGGUGAGUGUGGCUGCGCCAGCCCCCGGGAGAGCCUGGUGUUGAGGCGCGUGGCUGGGGAUGGGGCACGCCUGCUCAGCCGAGCUAGCUGAUGCCGCCUUGGGCUUUUGUGGCGAGUUCUUCCCACUGGGAGGCCUGCUCAUGGGCACUUUGUAAACAGGGUUCAGAAGGAUGACCAGAAAACAGUGGCCUUAACCACAGAAAGCUUGACCAGGGGCGUCCCUUCUCUCCUACGGGCUGCCUGGGCCACCGUGUUUAAGGUGCAGGGCUGCUCCCCCGGAGGUGCCCCUGCCCCAAGGGCAGCCUGUACAGCUCAGGGACACCAAGCGGGAGCCAGGCACUCGUGCCGGUGACCCUGGGGGACUGGCUCUGUAUCCCAGCCACACAGAGAACCUGGAACACACGACGCCCCCACCUGUGGUCAGAAGAAAAGUGUCCAUGUUUAACCCACAUGGGGAAGUUCAUUUGGAACACGACCUUCAUUUACACGGCUCAAAUGUCCGAGAAGAGAUAGGCCUGGGCCUUGGCUGGGAGGUCCUGUCCUCACCAGGGUCUUCCUCGGUCAAGAGAGGGGCUGCCCCUUUUCCUGGGCCUCCCCUCGCCAGUGCCAUCCCAAAGGCCAAAGGAGGGCUGUGGUUACCCUCGUUGACAAGGAACAGUGAGGAGAGGAGGGUUAGAGGGCAUCACGUCUCCAUUACAGCAAGGGAAGACUCAUCUCAGUCAGGGAGGCUGCCUCCCCACACGCCCUUCAACGCCCAUGAGAAGAAGGACCGUCUCCUUGGCCUCGUCAGCCCCUCUGCUAAGGCCUGGUCCCUCCAGAGUCACCCUUCACAGGCCGGGCGUGCACGUUCCAGGAUGGCCCUCCAGGAUGCUUCCGGAGCCACGGUGCGUCCACAGCCUAUAGACAUACAUGCACACGCACUCACCCGCAUGCACAUGCACACACGUGUGUGCACAUGCACGCACAUCUAUACAUAUUUAUACAGUAUGUAGAAUGGAGUCAUGAAUAAGUGGUACUUUUUUCUAUUUCUGUGAUUUAGAAAGUAUGUACAUAUCACAGACACACAUUAUGUUUUAAGCAAGCAUUUGGAUGUAUUUGUUGUGUUUAAAAGACAAAAGCUCAUUUAGGGCCAUGUUUACUCAGUGCCGUCACAUUCCAUGUGGAAUUUGCUGAAAAGAACCUCGCCCCCUUUGAUGAGGAGCCAGGAAUGUCCGUGUAGCACCUACACACGUGCACGUACACUCAAGCGCACGUGUGCGCACGCACCCCUUUGCAGCCACUGGCCAACUUCCACGUUGGAGGACCUUUGCUCUUUGGGGCAUCACAAGAAUACAUCACAAGAAACCAUUUUCUAGAGCUUAAUUAAGUGAAAUUUAAUUCUUUAAUCCAAAUAACUCUAAUUAUGUUACAGGAGGGGCUUGGCCCUCUCUUCUCUGCUUCUGUUGUUGCUUCCUACAUCGUUGUUAAUGCUUAAGUCUGAGUCACAUGUUGAAAUGUACUGGGAGCACACCCAACAUGUUGUGUGGGGGCAUUGUACUGAGUCAGGGUCAGUUUCUACCAGGUUGGCUCGGGGACCCCUCCCCCACAGCUCCUGUUAUGUGCUUGGGCGUCUUGGGGUGGCAUUCCUCUCCCCACGGCCCCUCCCUGAUGGUGCCAGCCUGCCCUCACACCAGUCCUGCCGACACGCUCAUGUCGUCUUCUUUGUGAGGCUUCACCCCUUGCAUCAGACCCGCUCAGGCAGCUGCAAGACCCUCAGAUCCUCCUCAGAUUCCACUGUUGGGCAGUCCAGAGUCCUCAAGCAAGGGGAAGAGUCGCCGCGUGUGACCUGCGAGCCAGGCAUGUUGGGGGGGGGGGGACCCUAAGCUGCCCCUGCCUCAAGGCCAAUGUCCCUGAGGUGGUGAUCUGUGCAUGCUGGAGGGAACGGCGCAAGGGACACAGCAGUGCUUCCUGGUGAUUGGGAUUUUUUCAGCCAGACACUCCCUUUCUCCCCAGGAUUUGGACCCAUGUGGUCGUGACUUCAGUCCCCCACCCCAAAGCUUGAGUCAUGGAGUGACAGUGUACCCCUUUCACAUGCUUCUGUCCCAAGCACAGAGCGUCACCAGAGGCAGAUACAGACUCUGGCUGCUGGCUUCUCGUCCAUGACCUGGCCAUAAGUCAACCCAGAAACUGGCUCCCUCAGCCUGAGUGGCAGUUAGUAAUAAGGACAGCAAACAACCUCAGUAGAAAGGCCCAGGAGUGAGGGGGUCCCAGAAGGCAGGCAUCUGCAGGGCUCAGCUGAGACCCUUGGUCCCCUCCAAAGCACAAAACCCUUAGAGGAGAGGAAGGUGGGGGCUGACUCCCAAAGCCACAUUUUCCCUUUAUUGUGUGGAGUGGGACAGAGCCGUCCUAGAAACAGACUGACCGGUUCCUGCUGUCCCAAGAGCUCACUGACCGUUACUAUUCUAAAUGCCUUAAAGACUGCAGAUUCAUGUCUCUACAGUUUCAUUUCCAUGUGCAUAAAUGGUACCUCAGCCUGAUGCUUCAUAGCUGAUGCUGGCCGGCUUUCAGUGGGAAAGCCCCUGGGCAGUGCCCCGUACCCCUCUGGGUCUGGGGUCAUGGGGUCCUAGGGUGGGGGUGCUUUGCAGAAGAAUGUCUGAGGACCACCAGGAGGCAGGCACGUGCAGCUGAGGUCAUAGAAUAGAAUGUAUUUUUCCAAGUGGAUAUUUGCAUUAAUGAUUCCUUGUAAUAAUACUAGAAUACAUCAACCAUGUACAUUAAAAUGAAAACCUUUGGUAA